AUGGAAAGGUUUAUUAGGAAAGAACCACAAGUUUCUCACCCCGGUAAUCAGGGGCAGGGCAGUACACAAAAUACUAGUGUUCCCAAUGCCAAUGAACCAAAUGAUGGUGAGACACAGGUAGAAAAUACUAUUCCUACGGAUGAGAUAGAGAUAGAAAAUAUUGAGGAAGUUCCUAAUAAUAGUGAUAACAUGGAUGGCACUAGCACUGAUGUUAACUUGGAAUUGGAUAGUUCUUCUCGUGAUGCCAAUGUGGAUACUUCUUUUUCGCCAGACAUAUUUGAUCCAAGGUAUUGGGAUUCCCUUGAUCCUAGGCAGGUUGAUAUUUUAGCAAAAAAAGGUCCUAAAAGAGAUUUAUCCAUUAAGAAAGGUCCCAAGGAUAGAUAUUCUAGGAGGUGGUCGGCACGAUCCUAUAUUAGAAUCCUACCAAAUGGGGAGAAGUGCAAUAGAGAUUGGCUUGUGUAUUCCAAAGAACUAGAUAGAGUUUUUUGCUUCAGCUGUAAAUUGUUUACAAAUGGGCAUCGGAAAGGUCAGUUAGCAAAUGAUGGGUUUAAUGAUUGGACACAUCUUUAUGAAAGAAUUACAGAGCAUGAAACAAGUUCUGAUCAUGUUUUGACUAUGACUACUUGGUAUGAUCUACGUAAUAACUUGGAAAAGGGUAAAGGUAUUGAUAAAGUUGCUCAACGACAACUUGAGAAAGAAAAAGAGCACUGGAGAAAAGUUCUCUUCAGAAUAGUGGCCAUUGUAAAAUUUCUAGCCAAGCAUAGUCUAGCAUUUCGUGGCCAUAAUAGCAAACUGUAUGAUGAUAGCAAUGGGAAUUUCUUGGGUUUGAUUGAAAUGUUGGCUGAAUUUGAUCCAGUUAUUCAAGAGCAUGUUCGUCGUAUUACAAACGAAGAAACUCAUGUCCAUUAUCUGGGACCUAGAAUUCAGAAUGAGUUGAUACACCUGCUUGCUUCUGCUAUUAAGUCUGAAACUAUUGAGAAAAUAAAGAAUGCAAAGUAUUUCUCUGUCCUUCUUGAUUGUACCCCUGAUGCAAGCCACCAAGAACAAAUGUCUUUGAUUAUAAGAUAUGUGGAUUUAUCUUCAAAUGAUGUUAAAAUUGAAGAAUCAUUUAUGGGAUUUUUAGAUGUAAAUGAUACAACUGGGCAAGGCCUUUUUGAUGUCCUAGUAAGUGAAUUAAAGAAUCUUGGUCUUGAUAUAGAUGAUGUGAGAGGACAAGGCUAUGAUAAUGGGUCAAAUAUGAAAGGAAAAAAUCAAGGAGUACAAAAGAAACUCUUGGAUGUAAAUCCUAGAGCUUUCUAUUCUGCUUGUGGUUGCCAUAGCCUUAAUUUAACACUUUGUGAUAUGGCCAAGGCUUGUGCUAAAGACUUCUUUGGAAUAAUCCAACGCAUCUACACAACUUUUGCUAAGUCAACUAAGAAAUGGCAGAUUUUGAAAGAUAACAUAUCAGGAUUGACUCUCAAGUCGGUGUCAGCUACACGUUGGGAGAGUCGCAUUGAAAGUGUUAAAGCUAUUAGAUUUCAAUGCGCAGACAUUCGAGAGGCUCUACUUCAGGUAUCCGAUAUUGAUAAUGAUCCUGGAUCAAGUAGCGAGGCUAAAGGUUUGGCAAAUAAUGAACUUGGAGAGUUUGAAUUUAUAGUGGCAAUAGUCAUUUGGUAUGAAGUAUUGUAUGCUGUUAAUUUAGUGAGCAAACAUUUGCAAGCAAAGGAUAUGCUUAUCGAUAUUGCUAUUGAGAAAGUGGAAGGGUUGAUUUCUUUCUUCAAAAACUACAGGGAAACUGGUUUCUUGGAGGCACUAGAGACAGCCAAAGGAAUUGCGCUUGAGAUGGAUAUUGGAACAACAUUUCGUAAGAAACGAGUAAUUAAAAGAAAAAGACAAUUUGAUGAGACCUCUGAUGACACAAAUUUGGCCACACAGUCUGCCGAAGAAUCAUUUAGAAUCAGCUAUUUCAUUCCCAUUGUUGAUCAGGCUAUUGCCUCACUUACAAGAAGAUUUGAACAGUAUCAAAGUUAUCAGAAAAAUUUUGGUUUCUUAUUUACUUCUGAAGCAUUGAAAUCAUUGGAUGCUAAGAGCUUGAAAUCAUCUUGUCAGAAUCUUGAAGCUAUCCUUACAAAAGAUGGAAAAUCCGAUAUUGCUGCUAGUGAACUGUACGUGGAGUUGAAGUUCCUUCAAGAUUUCAUUCCUAAAGAUGAUAUGGGGCCAGUUGAAAUUUUGAAAUUUUUGAAGCGACAUGAUUGCUUUCCAAAUGCAAGCAUUGCAUAUAGAAUUAUGUUGACUAUUCCUGUGACUGUUGCAUCAGCGGAACGAAGCUUUUCAAAAUUGAAGCUAUUAAAGUCCUACUUGCGCUCUACAAUGACACAGGAAAGGCUCAACGAUUUGGCUAUGAUAGCACUUGAAAGUGACAUGCUGGAGAAGAUUGAUUAUGAGCGCAUCGUUGAAGAUUUUAUUUCAAAGAAUGCCCAAAGAAUAAAGUUCUUCAAGUGAACAAUAGGUACGACAAUUUUUGAAAUAUCCCAUUACUAUGCUACUUGUUACUAUUAUUUGAUUUUACUAGGCCACUAGGGCCUCAUCUUAGCAUUUCGCACUGGGCCCCUGAUUUAGCCGGGACGCCCCUGCACCCGCUUCUCCAUGGUGCUCAUGGACGGAGGCAGCAGCCUCAACAUCAUGUACGCCCACACCUUGGAGCUCAUGGGGAUUGCAUUGAACAAGCUUCGCCCUAGCAAAUCGCCAUUUCAUGGCGUUGCGCCGGGGAGGCGAGUCCAACCCCUCGACCAGAUCGA